AUGGACCAACCGGACCACCAACGGAGUUCUGAUCUGGUGCCCUUAACCCCUCCUCCCCGGUCCCUCUGCCCCCCCCCCCAGGUGCUCCACCCGCUCCAGCAGCGCUUCCUCAACCUCAUCAACCAGGACAACUUCGCCCAGAUCAGCCAGGAGGAGGCGGUGAAGCGGGAGAUCGUCGCCACGCUGGAGGCGCUGUGCGGCAUCGCCGAGGCAACGCAGAUCGACAACGUGGCCUCGCUCUUCUCCUUCCUCAUGGACUUCCUGUCCAGCUGCAUCGGCCUCAUGGAGGUCUACAGCAACACGCCGGAGACCAUCAACCUCAUCAUCGAGGUGUUUGUGGAAGUGGCUCACAAGCAGAUCUGCUACCUGGGAGAGACCAAGUCCAUGAAGCUGUACGAGGCGUGCCUCACGCUGCUGCAGGUCUACUCCAAGAACAACCAGUGCCGGAAGAGGAGCGACGCGGCGGCGGAGGAGGACCAGUACCAGGACCUGCUGCUCAUCAUGGAGCUGCUCACCAACCUGCUCUCCAAGGAGUUCAUCGACUUCAGCGACACCGACGAGGUGUUUCGUAACCAGGACCAGGGAACGCCGGCCUCCGGUCGGACGGUGUCGGCGGCGGACGUGGUCCUCUACGGCGUCAACAUUGUCCUCCCGCUCAUGUCCCAGGACCUGCUGAAGUUCCCCUCGUUGUGCAACCAGUACUACAAGCUCAUCACCUUCAUCUGCGAGAUCUUUCCAGAGAAGAUCCCUCAGCUGCCUGAAGACCUCUUCAAGAGCCUCAUGUUCUCCCUGGAGCUCGGGAUGACCUCGAUGAGUUCUGAGAUCAGCCAGCUGUGUCUGGAGGCUUUGUCUCCGCUGGCCGAGCAGUGCGCCAAAACCCAGGAGAAGGACACGCCCCUCUUUGUCGCCACCCGUCACUUCCUUAAGCUGGUGUUCGACAUGUUGGUGCUGCAGAAACACAACACGGAGAUGACGGUGGCAGCGGGAGAAGCUCUCUACACCCUCGUGUGCCUCCAUCAGGCGGAGUACUCGGAGCUGGUGGAGGCGCUGCUCUCCUCGCAGAGGGACGCCGUCAUCUACCAGCGGCUCGCCGACGCCUUCAACCAGCUGACGGCCAGCAGCACGCCGCCCACCAUGGACCGCAAGCAGAAGGUCGCCUUCCUCAAGAGCCUGGAGGAGUUCGUGGCCAACGUGGGCGGCUUGCUGUGCGUGAAAUAACCACUGGACCCACCCCCCCCACCCCCACCCACCCUAUGAACUCUGGGUAAAGAGUCAGCUGGAGGAAGGACCCAUCUCGUGCUUUCACCUCUGAUUUCUGUUUUGGUUUUUUGAUCCCGCCCCUCCAGUCCCGUGUGAUUGACAGAUGUGGUGAUGACGGUGUGUGUGUAACGACUGGACUGCAGAGCAGACGGACUCGGUCGCUGACAGACAGACUCGAUGGAGGCUGUCGUCCUCCAUCACCUCAUGUACCUGGAGGCUACACACACACACACACACACACACACAGCGACUUUGAUGGUAAAACAAAGUUUCUGUUGUUCAAAAAUGGCCAGAAACAUUUUCUUUUUCCAGCGAGCGUUUUUGUUGUUGAAACAAAAGGGGCCAUUUUUUUUAUUGCAAGAUUGUCACGGCAACCGCAGACUAACAUACACAUUUCAUUUCUACACACACACGGCGCCCCGAUCCUUCCCAGAGUGCCUUUGUUUUGAUGAUUGUUCUGUGUGUGCAGGUUUUUUAUAUUUAGUUUUCUCAUUUAUUAACUGACAACAAAAGCUGCCUGACGUUGGCCGAGGAUACAGCGGAUGUGGGCGCGCGCGCACACACACACACACACACACACACACACACACACACACACGUGCAGUGACACGCUGCACAGGAGGACGUUCGCUUUCCUUUCAUCGCCAACAGACAAACAGACUCUAAAAAGCUUCUUUAAAGGUGUAAUAUAUUAAAUGUUUCCACAUCUGAAACCACAAAAAACGUCUGUUUCAAAGACACAACAGACACAGCGGAACUGUUUUUAUUAGAGAAGAAGAGAUGAGCGACUUCCUCGGUUUGAUGUUUAUUUUUUAUUAUUUGCUCCUGCAUUUUGGAUCGUAGUAUUAUUAAUCUCCUCCGGGACUCAAGGAGGCUCCACGACGCAGCGGUGAGGUUUCGCUGUUUUUUUUUUCCUGCUGUGUUUUUCUUACAGCGGCACAGUUUUAACUUUUCACCACAAACACGCGCGCUCACACACUCUCUGUAGUCGGAGCAGAGAGUGUGUGGAGCUGACGGACAGCAAUAAUAAACCAAAUAAAAGGAGCAGAGCCACUUUGUUGCAGCGUUUACGGCACUAAACUGGUUGUUUGUUAAUGAAGUGUAAAAGUGUACAUAAACUUAUUGUAUAAAAUGA